AUGAGGCGAGAGCAGGGACUUCUAGUGAAAGGAGGGUGGAGAAUGGAGUUGAGGAGGAACAUUCUGUUCUUGCAGAGGGAGCUCGAACGAAUGAUAAGCCCAUGCCUGCAGCAGCGGAUGCAAGGGAAAGAGGAGGGCGAAGAGGAAGGGGAGGAAGGGGGGGAAGAGGAGGAAGGGGUGAGACAGGCGAAAGGGGUGAAACGGGAGGAAGGGGAGGAAGAGGAGGAAGAGGAGGAAGGGGAGGAAGGGGAGGAAGGGGAGGAAGGGGAGGCAGAGGAAGAGGGGUUACCGCUACAUGCGACACAAAUGGCUUCACUGGACAAGGUGGGGGGGGGAUGGGGGCUGGUCCUGCUCAGGGAGGGAUGGGGGCUGGUCCUGCUCAGGGAGGGAUGGGGGCUGGUCCUGCAGAGGGAGGGAUGGGGGCUGGUCCUGCUCAGGGAUGGAUGGGGGCUGGUCCUGCUCAGGGAGGGAUGGGGGCUGGUUCGCAUAGGCCAGAGGCGCCGCGAGUGUGGCAAAGCGGAGGGAGGCGUGUCAGGGGAGGAGGGGGAGGAAGGGUAG